AUGUCUUAUGCAAAAGAGCUAGCUGCUGCAAAGAAAGCCGUUUCUCUAGCUGCUCGUCUCAGCCAAGAAGUGCAGAAGACUCUGUUGCAAUCCCAAGUAUGGACAAAAUCUGAUAGAUCUCCGGUUACUGCAGCUGAUUACGGCUCGCAAGCUGUGGUUAGUAUUGUAUUGGAGACGGAACUACGACCUGAAAAACUGUCAUUAGUAGCCGAAGAGGAAACUGGAGAUCUGCGGAAGAAGGGAAGUGAGGUGUUUCUGGAAGGUAUUACAAAGCUCGUGAAAGAUACUUUGGAUGCUGAGGAAUCGCACGCCGGUUCUCCUCUAUCCACAGAUGAUGUGUUGAACGCUAUAGACUGCGGUAAAUCAGAAGGCGGUUGCAGCGGUUGCCACUGGGUUCUUGACCCUAUAGAUGGAACCAGAGGAUUUGUAAGAGGAGAGCAAUACGCUGUGGGAUUAGCAUUGCUUGUGGAAGGCAAAGUGGUGCUCGGUGUCAUGGCUUGUCCAAAUCUUCCUUUGCCUUCUGCGGUUUGUGAGACGGACAAGUCUUCCCAGGAAAAUGUUGGCUGUCUUUUCUUUGCUACAACAGGUUCAGGGACUUACGUGCAACCGCUCAAAGGCAAUUCUCCGCCACAGAAGGUGCAAGUGAGUAGUAAUGAGAAUCUUGAAGAAGCGAAGUUCUUAGAAUCAUACCAUUUAUCAAUUCCCAUCCAUGGUUCCAUUACCAAGAAACUAGGGAUCAAAGCAUUACCUGUAAGGAUGGAUAGCCAGGCUAAGUAUGCAUGUGUGUCACGAGGAGACGCAGAGAUAUACUUACGUUUCACUCUCAAUGGACACCGUGAGCGUAUAUGGGACCAUGCCGCUGGUUCAAUCAUCACCACAGAAGCUGGAGGCAUAGUUUGCGAUGCUGCAGGGAAAUCACUGGACUUCUCAAAAGGAAAGUAUCUUGCUCACAAAACGGGGAUCAUAGCUACCACCAAGAAACUCAUGCCAUGGGUUUUGAAGGCAGUCAUAGAAUCCAUGGAAGAGGAGAAUCUUCAUUUCUGA